AAGCGGAGCGACGUUCGUCGCGAUCGCGUUAUAACGAUCGCUCUAGUUUUGAUAUUAUCCGACCUUAUCAGCGCGGACACAAGUGCCUUCACAAUAAUAACGCUGACUCCUUCGAGUUUCGUGAAACGUUGUCACUCUCGAGCUACUGCGCAAUCGUAGUCGCUGAUAACAAGAAACGAGAAUUGCUCUGCCCCGUAGACUUUAGUGCGGAUUCGAUCAACGUUCGAUCGGUGUUGCGUAUAGUUCUUCUCUUGCGAUCCGUGCCGCGGCUGCUCCUAUCGACCGAAGGAUUCGUUUCCCCGUACGACACCCCCAUAGGGCGCGAGGGCGCAAGGGCGCAGGGCGAAGGGCAUAGGGCAGCUGCGCCGUGGUGCCGCGCGCGGUGCGAGGCGUAUUCGGAUCGUGAGAACCGAUCAGGGUUCGAUCGUUCGUCGAACAGGACCGAACGAAUCUCGCGGGCAUGGCUACGACGGUCCUAGCCACGUUCGCGGCCAUCAAGGACAACGUGAAGUUGAAGGUUUCCCAGGAUGCCGUGGCCAUCGACAACAUCGUUUUCAAGCUCCACUAUAGAGCCACGUUCCUGCUGCUGCUGGUCAGCUCUAUUCUGGUGACGUCCAGGCAAUUCUUCGGAGAACACAUCAGAUGCAUCACCGGUUCAGGGAUGUCGGAAGCGGUGAUCAACACUUUCUGUUUCUUCAACUCCACGUACACGGUGGUGAAGCAUAUGAACAUGACGUUGGUGCACUCGGGCCAAUUGCCGCAUCCAGGAGUAGGACCAGCCAGCGACGACGAUUCCGUUGUGCACCAUGCUUACUAUCAAUGGGUGCCCUUCGUUCUGUUUUUCCAGGCGAUAUUCUUUUACUUACCUCACUACAUAUGGCGGAGCGCCGAAGGUGGUCGCCUGAAGUUCAUGGUUUCCGGGCUGCAUCUGUCGUCGUUGGCCUUGCAAGACGAGCCGAUGAAGCUGGACAACGACGUGGUGAUUCCCUCGAAAAAGAAUCGGGACGACAAAAUCCGACAGAUUCGCGUCGCUUUCGUGAAUCGGAUCCAUUUGAACCGACCGUGGGCCUACUACCUGGGCCUCUGCGAGGUUCUCAACUUCAUCAACGUGCUCGCGCAGAUCUACCUGACCGACAAGUUCCUCGGCGGUGCUUUCCUCGGUCUGGGCCACGCGCUGGGCGGAGACAAGUCCCACGGGGAAAUGGAUGUCCUCGACGUGGUCUUUCCCAAGGUGACCAAAUGCAGGUUCUACAAGUACGGUCCUUCCGGGGGUAUACAGCAACACGACGCCCUCUGCGUCAUGGCGUUGAACAUCGUCAACGAAAAGAUCUACGUGUUUCUCUGGUACUGGUUCAUCGUUCUGUCGGCGAUCACCGGUUUGGGAUUGGUGUGGAGGAUAUUAACGAUGGUGCUGCACGCCAGGAGCACGUUGUUCAACAAGUACGUGUUCUCGAUCGCCUGCCCGGGAAAAUACAAUCCGUGGAGCAUGCUCACCGUCACCCACGAAUACCAUUUCGGGGACUGGCUGUUCCUCUAUUACAUAGCGAAGAAUCUGGACAACUACGUCUUCAAGGAUCUGUUGCAACAGCUCGCCGAGGACAUGCGAGCCAAACGGCGAGCUCGGAGCGGACCGGAUACCGCGGAAGAAGAACCGCUGACCACGAAUCCCGAACAAUUACAUUCCUCGAUCGAUAUUUUCGGCGAUCCGGCUGAUUCCAAAUCGAAAGGAGUCUAAUCCGCGUGCGAGAUACCGGGAACAACCAGCCUCGCUGACUUUUCGCGACGCGUCGAACCGAUUCGUUCGAGCCGAUAUUCUCUGUCGCACGCGCGCGCACUCUCGGCGAACCAAAUCGACGGGGGAUUCUUACGGGAGAAAAGGGGCAAGUUUUCGAAACUAGUUGUGCACCUUCCGUUCGCUUUUCGCGAAAGAAUAUCUCGAUUGGAUCGACGCGAGAACACAGACGGCGGGGAAAGGGGUGAAAAAGCGCGCGUAUCGCGCAUGGAAGUUCGGUCGUGCGACCUCUCGCUCGCGACCUCGAGCUUCUCGCGUCGCUAAUGAAAUUGUACCGUUAACUAAUGAAAUCCGACAUUAAAUAUACGCCGCUCGCCGUCUAUAAACACGCUCUCGCGUCUCGUGUCUCGGACACGGGAGCGGACUAUGUACCGUGUAGAUCGUACGCGGUGUACAUUUUACUGUCGGAUUUCAUUGGACGGCGCGUCGCGGCUGUUCGCUGGACGCUAGGAAUCCCGAAGCUGUGCGAGAGGUCGUAUAACCGAAGGUAGCUCUGUCGCGCUUUACUAUUUAUACCGCCGUGUUACGUUUCUUAUACGUUCCGCGGUCAAUCGUAUACCAAAUGUUGUCCGUAACCGCUCGAUUUCGAGAUAGCGCGUUCACGGACGGAGUACUGCGCGCGCGUUCAGCGCGACGCCGGUCGCGCGUAAUAAGAAAGCCGCGGCGAGUUUCUACGCGAAACGAACGCGGCGACGAAAGACUAUAAAAGCUGCGAAUUUCCUACGUAACAUUCUUUUGUCUCAAAUAUUCUUUCGAGUACAUGUACGAACAACCGAAUACCCCCCGAUGAACGCAUCUUCUACGAUACGCGAAGAGCGUGGGUUAUAUUCGCGCGCACGCGUGAACCGGGUAACCCUAGUAUUUUCUUAGAACGAAUGACCUCGACCUCGACCUCGCGGGGAUUUUCGGGGUUGAGCGUACGCGUAUCGGGAAUAAGAUUGGAAAGCUACGAAACGGCCGAACGAGCGACGAAUUUAUUCGAAAGGAUAACGCGUUGCGAGAACGGCGAGAUUAUUUGCACCGGCGCGUGGCAAAAGAUGGAAAAACCGUGGGAGAGUUGAACACGCGAGAUCCCCACCGUGUCUCUGCGUAUCGGCGAGAUCGAUUCUCCGAGGACUGCUCGAAUAUCCUCGAUGCGCAUUGUUUCGAGAACCGGUCCCGCUCGAGUCAGCUUCGUUCGAUCGAUCGUACCUCCAGCUAUACUCGGAUCACUGCCGUUAAAUCGACAAUAUUUGUCGCGAAACCGAA